AUGCCACCCAACAGGAAUGGAAACCUCUCAGUGGUUUACUUUCAAGAGUUUGUGCUGGAGGGAUUUGAGGGUGGCCUUGAGACCCAGGUCCUGCUUUUUGCUGUGUUCCUGGCCAUGUAUCUGCUGACUGUCCUGGGGAACCUCACCAUGAUUGUGAUCAUCACCCUGGAUGCCAGUCUGCACUCCCCAAUGUACUUCUUCCUCAAGAACCUCUCCUUCCUGGACUUGUGCUACUCAUCGGUCAUCGCCCCUAAUGCCCUGGCCAACUUCUUCUCCUCAUCCAAGGUCAUCACCUUUGAGGGCUGUGCCACCCAGAUCUUCUUCUUCUCUCUGCUGGUCACCACUGAAGGUUUCCUCCUGGGUGUCAUGGCCUAUGACCGCUUCAUAGCCAUCUGCAGCCCCCUGCACUACCCCAUCAUGAUGUGCCCCUCGGCCUGUGCCCGGCUGGUGCUGGGCGCCUACUGUGGAGGCUGCCUCAACUCCAUCGUGCAGACCAGCUUCACAUUCAGCCUCCCAUUCUGCAGCUCCAACCACAUCGACCACUUCUUCUGUGACGUGCCCCCUCUGCUCCGUCUUGCUUGUGCCAACACAGCCCUCAACGAGCUCAUCAUGUUUGGUAUCUGUGGGCUCAUCAUUGUGAGUGUGACAUUUGUGGUCCUGGUCUCCUACGGCUACAUUGCAGUGACCAUCGUGAGGAUGCGCUCAGCAGCUGGGCGCCACAAGGUCUUCUCCACCUGUGGCUCCCACAUGACUGCAGUGACUCUCUUUGUUGGGACUGUCUUUGUCAUGUACGCCCAGCCGGGAGCUAUUGAGUCCAUGGAGCAGGGCAAGGUGGUCUCUGUCUUCUACACCCUGGUCAUCCCAAUGCUAAACCCCAUCAUCUACAGUCUGAGAAACAAGGAUGUGAAGGAGGCCCUGUGGAGGCUGAAACACACAGCCACAUGA